GGACGAAGCGAACUAUCCCGGCUCCCAUCGAUGGUUCACCGCAGCCCGGAGGAGGGACAAACCUUCCACCGCUGCUCGGAAAUCUUCGCCCAGGACCUGCACACACUCUGACAGCACAGCCGGCGGGCAGCCAUGCUGAAGCCGGGCGACGCAAGCGGCUCGGCCUUCUUGAAGGUGGACCCGUCCUACCUGCAGCACUGGCAGCAGCUCUUCCCCCAGUCGCAGCUGAAGGCUCCUCUGGCCCCGCCGCCGCCUCCGCCUGACCGCCUCUCCAUCCCCAUGGACAGCCUGCGCCCAUCCCGCCUGCACAGCCACCUCCUGGCCUCCACACACUGCACCUCCUCGUCUUCAUCCACAUCCUCCUCCUCUUCUUCUUCCGCAGCAGCAGCAGCAGCAGCAGCAGCUCUAACCCCAUCCUCCUCCAUCUCCAUCUCCACCUCGGCAGGGAUCUCCCAGCUGCCCGUCCCCCAGCAGAUCGCACUCUUUGGGCAGGCGUUGGCUCCGGUGUGUGGCGGGCCUGGAGGACCAGGGGGAGGAGGAGGAGGAGGAGGAGGAGGAGAUCUGAUGGUGGUUGUGCCCCCGGAGAACCAACAUGGUCACAACCCAGCAGCGGGGCUUCUCCAUCAGGCCAAAGAGCAGAGCUGUGGGGGGGUCGGCGUGGUGUCCUCCAGCGUGAAGAGCAGCGGAGGAGGAGGAGGAGGAGAGGAGGGUGGCAAAGCAGCGUCGUCCAGGUUCAAGCUGACGUCGGAGGAGCUGGACUACUACCUGUACGGACAGCAGAGGAUGGAGAUCAUCCCACUGAGCAAUCACACGGGAGAGGUCAACAACCGUUGUGACAUGUGUGCAGAUAACAGGAACGGCGAGUGUCCGAUGCACGGCCCUCUUCACUCUCUGCGUCGACUCGUCGGCACCAGCAGCACGGCAGCGCCUGUCACCCUGCCGGAUGUCCCUGAUUGGCUCAGAGAUCUGCCCAGAGAGGUGUGUCUGUGCACCAGUACCGUUCCUGGUCUGGGUUACGGGAUCUGUGCGUCUCAGAGGAUCCCUCAGGGAACCUGGAUCGGCCCGUUUCAGGGGGUCCCUCUGCUGCUGGACAAACUGCAUUCUGGAGCGGUCCGAAACAGCAGACACCUGUGGGAGAUCUAUGAUGCAGAGGGGACGUUACAGCACUUUAUUGAUGGUAAUGAUCCCAGUAAAUCCAGUUGGAUGAGGUACAUCCGCUGUGCCAGACACUGUGGGGAGCAGAACAUGAUGGUUGUACAGUACAGGUCCUGUAUCUUUUACAGAGCGUGUAUGGAUAUCCCCAGAGGAACAGAGCUGCUGGUUUGGUACAAUGACUCCUACACUUCCUUCUUCGGCAUACCGCUGCAGUGCAUCGCUCAGGACGAAAACUUAAACGUUCCAACCACGGUGAUGGAAGCAAUGACUAGACAGGAAUCACUCCAAACCUUCAGCAAAAACGGCAAACCCUCGUCUUCCUCCUCUUCCUCCUCUUCCACUCCCUCCGCCACUCUCAUGCGCUCCAUGGUCUUCCCCCAUUCUCCCUGCCCUAGGAAUUUCUCCCUGUUGGACAAGGUUGGGGUUGGGAUUCAGUCGGACUCCAGUUUCAGCCAGUUGGGUUCAAAGAACCAACGAGUCCUGGCGAGUCCGACCUCCACCAGCCAGCUAAGCAGUGACUUCAGCGACUGGCACCUGUGGAAGUGUGGCCAGUGCUUCAAAACGUUCACCCAGAGGAUUCUGCUGCAGAUGCACGUCUGUCCACAGAAUCCAGACAGACCAUACCAGUGUGGCCACUGCUCCCAGUCCUUCUCCCAGCCAUCAGAUUUGAGGAACCACGUGGUGACGCACUCGAGUGACCGACCCUUCAAAUGUGGAUACUGCGGCCGUGCGUUUGCUGGUGCCACAACGCUCAACAACCACAUCCGCACGCACACCGGGGAGAAGCCGUUCAAGUGUGAGCGUUGUGACCGCAGCUUCACACAGGCCACUCAGCUCAGCCGCCACCAGCGACUUCCCAACGAGUGUAAACCGGUGAAUGAGAGCAGCGAGUCCAUUGAGGUGGAUUAACCCCUUCCCCCCCGACUGUGUCCCGACUGACUCCACAUUAAGUCAGCUAAAUAUGGAAAAGCUUAUUUUUCUUUUCGAUUUGGCUCUCCGUUCACACAAAGCCAGGGCUUUUCUCACCUGAAAAUUACAACUCAGACCUCCAUUUUGCCCUCACUGUCCCAGAAAGACUUCAACAGGAAGACACUGUCUUCACCAGGCUGACUGACAUAAGAAAUUUAAACCAACAGAAAUAGUUAUACAGUAGGCCCAAGGCAAGUAUACAGGAAUAAAAACUGCAUUGUUUUUAUGCAUUGAUUCAUUGAUUUUAUUUCCCGGCCCAAUAUAACAUAGUGAAACCAGAAAGCUCACAGUAAAACUGUGGCCUUGAUCAAUACCUAUAGUUAAUGAGUUCACAACAUAUAGACAGUGGGUGGUUUGUGAGAUCUAAACAGCUGUAUGUGGAGAUUAACUUCACUGAGCGGUAACCAGUGCUACAAUGUACAUAAGUAUAUUUUCUCAAGUACUAUACUUAAGAACACAUUCAAGGUACUUGACGUGGUACUUGUAUUUUACUUGAGUAUUUCCAUUUUCUGCUACUUCAUUCUUGUACUUCCCUACAUGUCAGAGAUAAAUAUUGUACUUGUACUUUACUACAUUUGUCACUUAGAUCAGCUGGAAAAUGGAUCGUCACAAAGCUGAAAACGGCUGAUUUUCUGUCACCAUGAAAAGUUUUUAGAGAUACGUGGUUCUCACAGGACGGGGACGCUACAAACAUAAGAUAAUCUUAUAGAAUAUGAUGCAUAGCUGUAAAUUAAACUACCCAAUUGUCCAUGAAGGGGUUAAAAUGAGCACAAACAAACAUUUACAGCAGUAAAAUGCAACGUAGACAUUAAUGCAGCAGGAGUAUUAAUCCAGAAACAUCAGAUUUAAUAGGAACACACUGACAGCAGAACACUUUGCACAAUACAUAGUUUUACUUAAAGUACUUUAACUACGUUUGGCUGAUAUAUACUUUUACUUCAGUAAGGGUUAAUGCAAUAAUUUCACUUGUAGAGUAUUUUCAUCGAGGUAUUCUCUAUUUUAUACUUGUUUGGUUGACAGUACAAACAAAAAAUGUGUUAAUGAGAACAACAAAAUUAUAAAGUGGUCUGUAUUGAAACACAUUGUUGAAACAUUUCCUGUUGUCCUGGCGUUUCCGUGUGGACGGAGACCUUUAGGGAAACGAAAAUGGACGUUGUUCAUUAAGAGCGUUUUCCGAUUUAGCCGUCUUGUUGUGAACACAUCCUGUUGGAGAGAACCCUGAUUCAACCAAACCAAAGAUCCUUUUUUUCCAGCAGAGAAGAAGAACUUUUAGACGAAGCAGUCGGACUAACGAACUUUACGUUUUUUGGACGGGGAUAUUUAUUGGAGACUUUUUGGGAAUCCUGUCAGGUUUCCCUCCAAAGAAAACUCUUUCUUGAAACCGGCACAAAAACAAGAAAUACCAAAAAAUUCAGACUGAUUGUCUGUAGCUUUACUUCUCGGUUUUUAUUUUCUUUAUUGCAACAGCGAUGCCAAAGGAGGCCGUGACCAAAGCAAACAGACUGACAAUGCACAACGAGCAACAACACAAACGUUCAAGGACGUUCUUCAUCACAAAAUGAACCAAAUAAAAUGACAUGGAGUAUGUAUUGUAAAAAA